ACUUGUCCUGUCUGCUCUGCCACUUCUAAACAAUCUUUUAUCAUUGGUGGAUGAUAUAAGUGAGCCUGAUACCAAACAGGGGUCAGAUACAGUUUCAGGAAACUGUCGUAUCCUUCUUCACAUCAUUAAUAAUAGAAAGAGCAUGCACAGCCAGGAAGCAGAAGCUGGGGCUGUUUUCAUUAUUACUCUACAGCACAGAAACAUGGACCUCUCCGUUUUGCCAAACAACAACCAUCCUGAUAAAUUCCUCCAACUGGAGGUUAAAUCUUUGGUGAAAAACUCUGCCUUUCUACCAGCCAACUGGGCAAAAUUCCCAGAAGCCGCUUUACCUGGAGUGCAGCGGUGGCACAACAGGAUCUAUUUACAGAGAGAAAAGAGAACUGUCACUGAGCUGCCAGGCUUAGACUUGAACAGGGUCAGUCAAGAAAUAAUAGACAAAUCACUGGGGAAACACAUUACUCCCAUCACCCUGAAAUCCACAAUCAAGAGCAAUCCACUGUACAGUGAUAUCCAUGUGGAUGAUGACUGGGAGGAGAAGAAAAAGAACCCUUCCUGGACUGUGCAAGACUAUGACAGACAGUCACUGCACUCCAACUUGGCCAGCCACAUAAAGGAAAAUCCUAAUGAUCUACAGUUCUGGAUGGGGGAUAUUUAUACUCCUGGGUAUGAUACCUUGUUAAAAAAGAAGGAGAGAGAAAAAAAACAUUCAAAAUAUUGCCGAAUCAUUCUGCUCACGGUACUAGCCAUUUGCAUUCUAAUUACUGUAAUCACACUUAGAUGUGGGGGAAGGGCUGCUCUAUUUUUUGCGAUCCUCGGGCAUGGCAGUGGCGAUGCGGGUUCCUUUGGUGACCCCUCGCGGCGGAGCGCGGCGGGCGGAGGGACCCCGCGGCUCCAGCGUGCUCCCGGAAAAUGCGGAACGUGCCGGCUGGGAAGAGAAGGCCCCUUCCCGCUCCUGCGGGAGCGGCUGCCCCACCGUGAAGGACGGGGCUUGCUGCUGCGCUCUUCGGAGAGCACUCGCAGGGGAAGAGCCCAUUGUCCGCUCAAACGAGAGCUGUGCUGCUGGUAG